AUGCUUGUCAAAUCUAUAUUAUAUUUUCGUUAUGCUUUAUGAUAAUAACAGACACUGUGCAAUAUCAUUCAAUUUAUCUGAAUUUAUCAGAUAUUUAUUUAAUCGUUUCUAACGUUUAUUUAUCUAAUUUCUUGUUAAUUUUUCUUCAUCGAGAUAUAACAAGGAACGUCAUCCCUUCUAUUUAUUGUCAUUUUAGUCUAUCAAAGUCUAUAGUCUAUAGCAGUGUUAAUUCGUAUAUAAUCAUUAUGUCAUUAUAAAUAUUAUUCGUGUAUAAUAAUUGAUUUUUAUACUUCUUUGACAAAUUGACUACUUCAACAUAACCUAGCAUUUGUAAAAUGGAGAGGAAUAAAUCAGAAAGUAAAAGCGGAGAAUUGUCAAUCACCAAAAUGACAGGAAUAUCAGAUCCAGAAACGCGUUUAAAAAUGCUCUCUGAGAAAGCUUCAAAAGUGGAAAUCAAACAUAACAUUCCACCUAAAAGAUAUUAUCGUUCUGGAAUGCAAAUAAUUAGACAAGCCAAUGUAUAUACAGAGGAAGGCAACUACGAAGAAGCGUAUCAAUUAUUUGUCAGAUUUAUAACGCUAUUUGUAGAAAAAAUGAGCGAACAUCAGCUUUAUCAUAAAGUAACAGCAGAAGAUAAAGCAUUGAGUAAACGAAUCUUGCGAGAAGUUAUUCCCAAAGCGGAGGAACUUAAGAAACAGUUAUUGAAACAGUAUCAGGACGAAGAGAGAUCUAAGCGAGAAGAAGAGCAGAGAUUAAAAGAAGAAGAGGAAAGAAAAAAUAAAUUGGCAGCAAUAGAAGCUGCGAGAGCUGCCAAGUUCGCUGAGACUGAUUUCUUGGAGACCAAAGAUGACAUAAAAUUACCUGUAAAGCGGUUCACUCCGACUCCUAAACCACCAAAAAGUUUAUCCAUAGAUAGUAAGGCUCAGUCUUUAAAAGACAACAAUAUACCUAGAGUGGAUCGUUCAACAAAACCUACUAUACUUUUGAACGACAGCAGCCAAUUACGCGAUAUUAUUUUGCCCAACAAACUGAUACAAAAUUUCCUUUCGCUAGCAUUUAAUAAUACAACAAAUAACAAAGAAACGUGCGGCAUACUAACAGGAAAAUUGGAACGUAAUAAAUUAUUGAUCACUCAUUUAUUAAUUCCACAACAAACGGGCUCCCCUGAUUCUUGUUUAACGCUCAACGAAGAGGAUAUUUUUGACUUUCAAGAUAAUCAUAAUUUAAUUACUCUCGGAUGGAUACAUACGCAUCCAACACAAACAGCAUUUUUAUCUAGCGUGGACCUUCACACUCAUUGUUCCUAUCAACUUAUGAUGGCUGAAGCAAUUGCUAUUGUUUGUGCACCUAAAUAUGACGAGACAGCUUUCUUUAUUCUAACUCCAGAAUAUGGUCUAGAUUAUAUAGCUAAUUGCAGACAGACCGGUUUUCAUCCUCAUCCAACAGAACCUUCGCUUUAUACGAAAGCAAAACAUUGUAAGUUAGAUCCAACUGCACCUGUGGAAGUGGUCGAUUUAAGAAGAAAAUGACAUCUUUAAUUCGCUUACAAUCAAAUUAAACAUAAACAAAUAUGUUUUCUUUAAUUCAUUGCAAGAUUACAAAUCACAGCAUCAUAAAAAUCAUGUGUAUCUAGGUGAUUAAUAUACAGACAGCUUUAAAUGUGAAGAAGUAUCGAAUACUGACUUUUCUUCUUAACUAACUCUGAAGCGUUAUUGUUGCUCUGCUUUUGAGCAUUCAAAUAA